UGACAUGCUGAGAUUUCUUAUUGCCGAGUGUGUCCUGUAACCUACUUUGGCCUAUUCCUGAAAAGCUGUAUCUGAUAAUAAUGAGACCACAGAGGGAUACAUGUUGUUUGGUUAACUUGACCUUCACCAGGAGCUCCAUAGUCCAACCAAAGUUACUGUGCGUCACCGUGGCAACAAGCCGUCUCCGUGGCUGCACUGACAACUUCUCUCUCCAGCAGAAAUACCCAAGGAAUUUUGGAAUAUAGAUCUACAAGUUAAAGCCAGAGACACCUGUACCUGCUAAUUGUAUUCAAAGAGACAUCAGCAGCAUGUCCGCUGCCCAUGAGGAGGAAAUAUCCAGCCCUGGAGCUUCCCAAAGUCGUGAUAAAGACAUUGCUAGGCCCGGAUCCAAAUUUACAAAAAAGGCCCACUUACCACCUUUAUCCCCAAAGAAACUUUCUGUCUCUGCAGCUUUUGUUACCAGGCCUCUGUUCGGUCACGCUGCCAUCCUCAGCAGGAUCCCCUCUCACAGACCUGUAUCUGUGGUGGAGCGCCCUAGUCUUAUAGCUAAGGAAGGAUCUGAGAGAGCUAAACAUGACACAAAACGGACAGUAGGACCUCGACUGAUGGCCUCAGCAUUAGGGGCCGACAGUGCAGUCAGAGCUGCUGAUGAGUCGACAGCAAAGAGCCUUGCAGGAGAAGAUGAAUCCAUAAAAGUCACAACCUGUAACAAUAAAAAGAUAAAUACCGUGAAUAAUGGGAAAGCGACCAAAUCUAAUAAAGUUCCACUCACUGCUGCAGAGGUACUUCAUAUCUUUGCCAGGAAAAGAGACCUUGGAGAAUUGGAGCUUUAUUACCUGAAAGAAGAGGAUGGGGACUCUUACAGGCCCUAUGACCUAAGAGUGGUCCAUCCCAGUGAGGCUGGCUCUGAGCACUACGUCUUCUCACCGAAUUCUGUCCUACAUGUGACAGAGAGAGGUUACGGUGGGAUUGUCAGUCAGGUGCAGUGGUACAGAGAGUCGAUGCUGUGGACGGCAUUGCAAGAAAUCCCAUUUUUCAGGGACUUCAGAGUGCAGAAAGCAUUCACUAGGUGGCAUAAAAACGUGCGUACGAUCAUUUUCCAGCGCAAGUGUGAGGACCUGCUGGACCGGCUGCUCAUGGCUGUGCCUCAGUUCAGACAUGCUCUACUUCUGUUUACCAGAGUAAUUGAAGAAGUGAAAGGGACACACCUGCUGCCCCAGGAGGAGUCUGAAACAUACACAUUGAAGGAACUGAAACGGUUGCUCAAAACCAAGAAUCAAGAACGUUUGGAGCUAUUGGAGAAGCUUUCACAAUAUCGAUUUUUCAUUCUGAACAAGGUGAAAGAGGAGUGCUACAAAGCACACCAGCAACUGCAGCUUCACAUGGAAUAUGCCAAAAAGCCAAACAAGUGCUGCGAACCCAUCCACCUCCACCUGGCUCACCAGCAGGAUCUGAAGAAAGAGUCGGCUCGGUCUGAAAGUGUCUUGAAGAAAUUAGGCAACUUUGCACUCCUCAUCAAUCAGAUGACUGUGCAGAGUCUUGUGACAAUAUACCAACAAGAUGUGAUGUCUUUCCACAACAACAUUUUAAAGAGGCAGAAGUCUGAGCAGGGUUGUCUCUUCUGCACUGAGCUGUGCUUCGAUGGCAACUCUCAGCUGACUGUUGACCCGCUGAUACAUCUGUACCAAGAAACAGUGAGGGAAGCUCUCCUGACUGUUGGAGAGACUAUAAUCCAGAUGUGUGAUACUUGUGGAUUCUUCCUGGAGAGCAGUCACGGUGUUUCCAGCUCUAAUAAUGCUCAGGAUUUAACCUCUGACAUCUGUUGUCUCGAAUAUGCUGCUACUACAGAGCAUAACAAAUCUGAUGGAAUGAGUGAUCACGGGAAGUUUUGCUGCCGGCUAUGUCUCAGAGACUUCCCAUCUCACUGGCUGUUGCUGCAUAAAGAAACCUCCCCAAUGGCAAAGGGCAACAGGGUGCAUGGCUGCUUCUAUCCCCUCAUCAAGGAACAGCUGGAGUGUCAGAUCAGCAGCAGUGAUGUUUCAAAACAAGCUGAGAAAGAGCAGGAAAAGAUCAUGCAGGAAGCUGAGUUAGAGAUCCUGCAGCUGUGUGAGAGCUUCUCCUGGUUGCUGGACAUCCAUUUGUUCACUGCUCAGUGGAGUCAAGCCUCUUUGGAAUCCAUGAAGGGUCAGCCGACUUUACUUUAUGACGAGCUCUUAAAGAAGCUACGCAUCUGGACCGAACAAAUCUGCACAGUUCCCUCUUCAGUCUCAACCACCAAUGACCUUUACAUCAUCAAGUGCUCCUGCAUAAAAGAAAACCUUGGUCAGCAGCUGAGGUUGAUUGAAGAGGAGGUGCUUAAGCAGCUUGUUGAACAGAUAAAGCUGCACUCAGAGAGCCUCAGCUCUGACUUGGAGGUGGCUGCUGCUAAACUCAAGACAGAACCCAGAGACAUUCAUGAGCUCUCAGAAUACGCUCUCAAGGUGAGGGAGUCUGUGAAAUUGUUGGCUGACUCACAGAAACGUCUGGAGUACAUUCAUACCCUCCAGAAUACUCUCUGCAUGAACUACAGGGAGAUGACCGAACAGGAGGUGACUUUGGAACAAAAGGUGCUGGCCAUGAGGGAUGACUUUAUCUUGCUCUUGAAGCAGGCAGAAAGCAUUGUGUGCAACCAGCUUCCUUCAAUGUCCCAAGCAUUACACACAAUGUUCUCUUUCUUGGUCCGUGACCUUAUAAACACAGUCACUAUGGCUACAUCAGGACCUUUCCUUGACCCAGCCCAGAAUGAAAAAGAGAUGGUCGCCACUCUUAACCACAUGUGUGGGCAUGUGCACAAUCUCAGUGCAAAACUGGAAAACAUGAGUAGGACCAAUCAAAACCUACAAGAACAUCCCAUAGAUACAACUAUUUUGACAACAAAUAUCAGUAAAAUCAAAGCCCGGAAAGACAUAUGGGAGCUGAAAGCUGCGUGCAAAACAUGGACAGAAGAAUGGAAAGAGCUGUCUUUUAGUGAGGUUGUGGUGUCCCAAGCUCAGGACAAGAUUGCAAGGUGGAAGGAGCACGCUCUAUCUCUCACAGGUGUCAUACCCACCCAUGAUGCAGUGCUACAAGAGACUUUGGGACUCUUGGAAAGCUUUAGUCCUCUGCUUGCAGUCAUGUCCCAGCUGCAGAGAACCACGCUCAAACAAAAACAUUUGAAAGCUAUCUUCAAAGAUAUGGGCCUGCUGUAUGACCCAGAGAAGACGGUGAUGGUUGCUGAACUGAUGUCCAAACAACAUGAAUUUGACCAGACAUAUAUAACCAAGAUAUGCAGGGCUGCACAAGCAGAGUCUAACAUGGAGCAGACCUUCCUAAGACUGCAACAGGGAUGGGAAGCAAGAGUCUUCCAGCUUGACAGAUUCAGUCUUCCUGUUUGGCAGCAGUGUGAGCAACACCAUGGAUUGACUGAGAAAGGGAAGCCCAGAGACGGCCCAAGUUUAGAGAUGGAAAGUGCCGGUCGACCCUCUUGUGAUGAUGCCAGAUUCAUUAUCCCAGGUCUCGAGUUACUCUUUGCUGAGAUAGACAACGAUUUGAUGACUCUGUCCACCAUGUUCAAGUCCCCUCAUGUUGUCGAGAUCAAGAAGCAGAUAAAAGACUGGAUGCAAACACUGCAACAUCUUGGACGGCUGCUUGGUUUAUUUAAAAGGUACCAGCAAAUAUGGGCCUUCCUGACCAAGGUGUUCCAUAACACAGUCUUUUGUGUUCAAAGAGUAGAUUUGAUGGAGCUAUUCAAACCAGUGGAUGAGACUUUUAAGGAGAUAAUGCACUCUCUAUCAAGAGACCCUCAUGUGUUGAACUUGACUCAUCCAAGGAAGGAAAAUGACAGCUUCCAUGGUGAUGGCCUUUACCAGAUUCUUUUUGAUGGUCUGUCUACAAUGGAGGCCAUCUCUAACCAGUUGACAGAUCAACUGGACACCCACCGUCAACAGUGUCCCAGACUCUGGUUCUUGAGUGACAGGGAAGUGAUACAACUACUUUCCCUUCAUCCAACGGCUGUUACAAUGCAGUCGUAUGUACUCAAAUGCUUCAAAGGGGUGCGUUUGCUUGAAAUGGAUUGUGAAACACCCUCUAAUACGCAUGAUGCAAAGUGCUGUGGAGCUUCCUGUCAAAUCCACGGACAGAUGAAGGUUUUGGGUUUCUUUGGCAGCCUUCAGGAACACAUAAUCUUUCUGUCUCCUUUGGAACCAGACCUCAGUGACUUAUCUUGGCUUUGUGUCUUCGAGAACAAAAUGAAGUUAUGCAUGAAACAGCUCAUGACACGAUGUGCGAUUGCACGAAACCAGCUUGAACCACACAGUCAAGAUUUGGCAUGUGAUGAGAAAGUUGGGAACACCAUGUCCCAAUUAUCUGUUAGGAGGGAAAUUGUGGAGCCUGUGCUGGAUCUGCUGUCUGACUAUCCUCUUCAAUGUUUGCUGGUUGUUGAGGAGGCGGUUUGGUGCAAGACUGCUCUACAAGCCUCCCAGGAAUUGAGCCCAGUGAAGUUAAGGAACAUCAAGGUGUGCAACUCUGCAAAAAUGAAAGAUCUUGGCCGUUUCAUCAGGGAGGGAGUCACGAAGACUACAAGUGUACCUCUGAUUUCCAGAUAUGUGAUGAUGUGUCUGCGUGCAUUGGUGCAACUUACAAUGAAACAUGCACAACAGCUAUCUAAACUGAUGGAGGUACAACAUUUACCUUUGGAGACAUCGUUUGAGUGGCUCAGUUUGAUGAAAUAUCAUAUCUCAGAAGACUUGAGUCUGAAAAACAAAGAGGAUCCAACAUGUUUUGUUGAUGUCUUGGGCCAUCGACUUCCAUAUGAUCAUGAAUAUUUUGGUCCAGAUGAUUUGGAGAUGGUGCAUGCUCCGUCCACAGAUCGGGCGAUUCUCGGGAUCCUCCUUGCUCUAACAAGCUACAGAUGUGGAUUUGUGAGUGGACCUUACAAGACUGUGGAACAUUUAGGGAAAGCACUCGGGCGUCAGGUUGUAAAUGUUCAGUGUAGUCCAAACAUGAGACAAAUUGUCGUUCAGCGGAUGUUGUUGGGUGCUCUUCAGACUGGAGCUUGGCUUCUGCUGGACUCUGUGGACUUACUAAAACAAGGGGUCUUGUCAUUGCUGGGACAGCAUCUAGAAGACAUUCACCAAUCUUUUUCUAAGUCAACAAGAAACAGGAAUCAAAAAGUAAAUGAGGAGACAAAGGACAGGACUGCAGAUUGCAAAAGUAUUGUUGAUUCAGAGUGCCAUAUGGUGCUUGCUGGGAAAAACCUUUCUGCCAGACUAAACUAUGGAUGUGUUCUCAUCUCAUCAAAGGGAUUUCAGUCUGAGGUUCCUGAGAGUCUGCGAUGUGCAACCAGACCCAUUGCAUUAACCCCUCCAGAUUACAGGAUCAUCGCAGAAGUAAUGCUGACCUCGAUUGGCUUCACAGAGGCUACGUCUUUAAGUCGACAUCUGGUGUCCCUCAUCAACCUGGCGAGGGAUUCCAAUUGUCUGCCUGAUUUCAUCAGUGACAACCAGAGCGGCUAUCUUGUUGUCUUGCAAAGGAUCAUCUCUGCCGCUGAAAUACAUUUAGAACAAUGUGUGAGGCAACGUGAAAUGUCAGAUGAGGCCAAAGGAUCCGCUUCAGAACAAACUGAUCUAGCAUCAUCACAAAAUGGGAUUGAAAAUGAUGAGAAGAAAAGAGAAGAAACUGGAAAAAGGCUGCGCAACUCUCAUUUGUCAGUUGUACAGGGGUUGAUGGAGGAGACAGCCAUUGUGAAAGCAAUUCUUUCCAUCUUAUUACCCUUUUUUUACGAGCAGAAGAAAGCCUCACAGUUCUACAUAAUGUUCAAGGAAACAUUCCCCAUAGUCAGCCAGUUCCCUUUCUUUCGGCAACACAUUGAGGAUGAAGAAAAGAAUCAGCUUAAAGAUGCAGUUAUAGAAGAAUUACAAAGGCUAGGGUUUCAAUCUGACACUGAAGUGAUGCGCAGUGCUCUUACACUCUACCACACUCUGAAACUCUCUAAGGCCGUUAUGCUCCUAGGCCCCUCAGGUAGUGGAAAGACAUCUUCUAUGCAUGCUCUAGCUGGAGCCCUCAACAAUCUGGCUUUCUAUUCAAGGUUUGAGGAUAACAUAAGAAUGGAAAGCGAUAAGACCCCUCCUUUGUCCUGGAACUCUGUUGACACUGUGGUGUUGUUUCCUAAUGCAAUGUCUCAUGAAGAGGUAUUUGGCUCUUUCUGUGAGAAAAGAGGAUGGCAAGAUGGAGCUGUUUCAAAGGUGCUGAGAGACUUGGGACAACGGGAACAAGCAAGUACAAUCUGCGACAAUAGAAAAACUGAUCACACACCAAUAAUGACAUGGCUUGUUAUGGAUGGGGAACCUGUGGGGCAGCCUGGCUGGUUCGAUCACCUGACCACACUUUGCAGCCCCGAUGACCCUUUUCUGUUUCUACCAUCAUGUGAAACACUGAAGUCCCAAUCACACCUCAAGCUACUUAUAGAGACCACUGACCUACGAGAUGCAAGUCCAUCUGCAGUGACCCGCUGCAGUCUGAUGUAUUUCACAGGGUCUGAUUUGUGGAAAGCUGUGUGGAAGAGUGAAGUGGAUGCUCUCUUUCAUGAAAACAAACUGGAGCAAGAGACUCUGAAAAUUUGGAAUCGACUGGCUGAAGAUCUUUUCGCCAGCACUCUCAGUUUAAUCAGGGAGAAUGCUUUAACCUCUGCAAUCCAUCACAAAGAGGAGUCUGUUAAAAGCCCAACAUAUGGAGUGCAAGAAAUCAUGUCAUUUGUCCGGAUACUGCGUGCCCUCCUACAGCAUUUUGGAAAGGAAGUGGAAAAGGACAAACAAAUAGACAAACAAGAUAAACUGUCACACAGAAGCGGUGCAGCAGGCACAGAUUCUAACACUAAACAACCCCUGCUUGGCAGAAACCUUUUCCUCUUGGCUUAUAUUUGGGGAUUUGGUGGACAUCUGCACUCUUGCCACUGGCCACAGUUUGACUCACUAUCCCGCCAAGUGCUGUAUGCUUGCCGGUACAAAAUUGAGAUUCCUGAUGGAGAGAAUGUGUUUGAGCACUUUUUCAACACCAACAGCAGGACACACCACAAGAAUCCUCUGCUGACCAUCACUCCAAAGUACGGGAAAUACACAUUCCUCCUGGAUCUCAUGUUGGAGGCAAACCAGCCCGUGAUGCUAGCAGGAGAGCCUGGCUCUGGAAAAACCACACUGUGUAAAACUUUGCUAAGUUUUGACAAGCCACAUAUUAGCCUACCAGGCAGUCCUCUCCUGAGCUCCAGAGACCUUCGCACACUAAUAGAAAACAUGAGCUGUCCGAAGAGCUCUGAAGAUACCAAAGGAUCCAUGGGAAGACAGCCCAGACUGCUCCUGUGUGUGGAUGACUUGCAUGAAGCCCCCUGUGAUGUCUUUGAGAAGACUUCGACAGCUCAGGAGACUCUACGGCAGAGUAUUUCAACAGGACAGAUUCUCAUAUAUGAUACCUACCACUUCAAGUCAUUGAGUUCCAGAUGCAUCAGCUACAUGGCUACCUGUCGAGUCUUUAGAUCAGGCAAACAUCACAGUAAUGCCAUAUCCUCAAGACUCUCACGCCUGUUCUCUAUCUUCGUGCUACCCAGCCUCUGUAUGGAUGUUAUAUUCUCUAUGCAUUCCCCUCAGCUAAAAAUGUGGCUAAAAGAAAUGCCACUGAAGCAGAGUUGUGAGGAUGCAGCAUAUUGUAUCAUCUCUGCCACAAAAAGUCUGUAUAAUGCAGUAUGUGACCAAUUCCAGCCUACUGCUCACAGGCCCCAUUUCAUGUUUUCCCAUCAUGACCUGCAGAAAGUGUUCUUGGGAAUGUGCCUUUGGCAGCAGAAUACCCCAAACACAACGGCAAUGCAGGGGAAGGAGAACUCACCACAAGGUUGUUCUCCAGUCCUGCCAGGACCUGUUGCAUUAUCUCUUGAUAUAGCACAUCUGUGGGCGCACGAGUGCAUGCGAACAUUCAGCGACAGGUUGUGCUCUGAGGAUGAACGCAACACUCUUGUUUCACUCAUAUCUAAGACGGCAACAACUCACUACAGAAUAUGUUUGACUGAUGAAGCCCAGCCCGCUAGUUUAGAUGACACAGCCAUGACCAAAAGCCUUGGUACUUACACACUACCUGCAGACACAGCAGGCACCUGUAAGCCACAAAGUCAGAGUGAAGAUACACUAAAACUGCCUCAAGACCCAAAACCAGCCAGCCAGUCAGACUUGGAUAAAUGCUUUGCAUUGACUGAGCCUUCUCCUCUGUCUGAAGACAAUAACCUAGAACAGGCGAGACCAAAAUCUCCCCCUCUGCAACCCCAGAUUGAACAGGACAUGAAGGACACAAUCGCUAAGCUUGUAUACGGUCCUGUGCUCUCUGAGGCCCUGAAGUCAGUAAACCAGAACUACAAUUCUAGCGGUUAUUAUCAGGACCAAAACCUUGAUGUGCUACAGCAGGAGCUGUGUGCUCUCAUAGACAGAAAAGAGGAUGAGAAUGGACAUAAAGAUGUAAAUGACUACAUCACCAACAAGUUCAUUGUACACAGUCAGAGGGUGAAUCAGCUGUUACAUAUCCUCAGGGUGUUGCUCAUACCUGGAGGUCAUGGAUUGCUGAUUGGCUCGGAGAGAGGCACAGGCAGGAAAACCACUGUCCGCUUAGCUGCCAGUCUUAUGGGCUACCAGCUGAUGGAGGUGCAUCCUGGUAAUGAGAAGAACUUGCACCGAAUCCUAAAAGAAGCUGGGAAUCAAACUAGAGCGGAAGGAGUUAACGUCAUCAUUCUGGCUCAUGAAGGAAUUCAGCAAUCUGUCAGAGAAGAGCUUCUGGUGGCGAUGGCCAAUCAAACCUACCCAGGUCUCUACACAGAUGAGGAGCUGAGAAAACUGGUCUCCAGACUGACUGCAGUGAAGUACUCAAGAAGAUACCUCAUGGACAGUUGGACGUUUGAGAAGCGCUUGAGCAAAAUCCACAGAAAUGUCCAUGUGUUCCUGUUGCUCCCCUUCACCAUGCCAGACAGCAGUGAGACACCUGCAAACACAGUAAUCCAUCAAUGGAAUGCCCAACUGACUAAGGCCCUGAGUUGCAGUUGCUGUGUGGAGGUGUACCAGCCUUGGUCCAAUCAGUCUUUAGUGGAAGUUGCUGCUCAGUACCUCAAAACCUGUCCCCUGCAAAUGGAGAGAGGAGGGUCAGAUGUCAGCCUGUCAGCAGCUAUGGCAGGAAUCCAUCAAUCUGCAUGUCAGUAUGCUUCUGUCCUCCUAAAGGCCCAGCCUUUCAGCCCUCAGACUUACCUGGAGUUCAUCACUCACUUUGGUUACCUCUGCAAACACCUGCACGAGCAGAGCCAAGCCUACAGAGUUGCUCUGUCUCAUUUGGACGUUAUAAACAACACAGCUGUGGAGUAUAAGCAGGAGUUAAUGAGACUGCAAGAAAAGGUUGCUGAGACACAGCAGCACGAGAAAGAGCUUUUAGCAGCUUUAGAUUACCAGAUGAGCCGACUUGAAGAAGCCCACAAGACAUGUGUUGAAGAGGAGAACAAGCUUCAGUGUCUGGAAGAGGAGGUGAUCCCUGUUUUCAUGUUAGGCCUCAAACUUCAGAAUUUCCUGAAUCCAUCUGACCUGGAGGAGGUGCACCACUACCGAGACCCCCCUGAUGGAGUGGUGAAAAUAAUGGAUGCCAUUUGUUUGCUGUUUAAUCGUCCACUAGGCUGGGAGACGGCUAAACAGCUUCUUGGAAAGCCCAACUUUUUCCAGGAAUUGGAAUUUUUUGACCGCCACACUUUGACAAAUGAGCAGCUGCAGCAGCUCGGCCAGAUAGUUCACAGUCCCCAGUUUGCGCCAGAGUCUGUAUGGGAGGUGAGCAAGGCCUGCGAGUCCCUGUGUCGAUGGGUCCAGGCGGUGUAUCAGUGCUCCUGCAUGCAACGAGAUCUGUUGGUCAAGCAGCAAUUUGAAAGAGACGUACGCAGACAGCUGUACCUGGCAAUAGAGCAAAAGACAGAUGCAACCCAGUGUCUUAAGGAUGUCAAUCUUCAGCUGCAGCUGGUUCGAAAUGAACUGGAGGAGCAAAUGCUGGAGCUGCACGAAGCUGACAGUAGAGAAAGAGAAGCUGCCAGAGCAGCAGAACUGUUGGAGACGCAUACAAGAGGCUUGAGGGCUGCUGCUCAGGAGGCACAGUUGAAUUACCAAACUCUGCCUGGAGAUGCCCUUAUCCUGGCUGCAGUCGUCUCUUACCUGGGCCGCUUUGCACCUGACACACGCACAGAACUGCUGAGCAAGUGGAGGGAGCUGUGUCAGACUGGAAGCAUCAAACUAAACCCCAAGGAUCCCCGUACUCCUUUGUUUACACACUCUGACACUGAAUCUCUUCACCCCCUUCCUGGUUUCCCCAUCCCUGUGUCUCAGAGGCUGCAGCUGACAGUAAAUCGGGCCCUGGGGAUACGGCAGGAUGCUCCCUCUGACAGGGUGAUCGUAAAGCUGCUGCUAUGGGGUUGCAGGAGGGCCUGGGUUCAGCACUGGCCUCUACUGGCAGACACCCAGCAACAUCUAGACAUAAACUCUGGAAGGUGGCUCAUCCCAGGUGUUAACUCCAUGCUCGAGAAGGAGACAGAGUCUGAGAUGGUGGUGUGUGCUGAUGAUCCAGAGUUGCUGAACAAGCUGGACCAGGCUGCAGUUAAAGGUUUAAGAGUCAUGGUAACUCAUGUGGAGCGUGCUGUUCCCAGUCCAUCGUUUCUGGCCAGAUUGGCACGUCCUGCUGGAUGUCGCUCUCCAGGCUUUCAACAUGAUAUCCAGCCAACCCACCGUGAAUUCAGCCUCAUCCUCAGCACAAACCUGCCUGCCAAAAUGCUAAAUAAUGAUAUUCAUCCAUCCAUCCUUGCUCAGGUAGGCGUGGUUGACCUCUCUCUGAGCUCAGAAGAGAUCCAGGAGCUGCUGCUGACACAGCUGCUGCAGUCUGAAUGUAAAGAGCUGCUGAGUCAGCACUUGCGGUUCCAGAAUGACAAACAGUUGCUGCAAGAGAAACUGGUGUCAGAAGAGGACUCUCUGUUAGACCACAUCCUGCAGAGUAACACCCUGCUGCUGAAGGACUCUGAUGCGCUCUCCCGCGUGGCUGCUUGUCAAGUAGAGAUGAAAAAGCUGCAGGCUGACAUCCAGCAGCUGAGUGAUGAGCUGGAGCGCCACGAGUCUCUGCUGGCCGUGCCCCGACAGCUAAUGAGGCUGGCUGCUGACCUCUACCAGGCUCUGCAGGGGGUGUCCCGUCUCUCCACCGCCUACCACUUUUCCUUAAAUAGCUUCUUUUCAGUUAUGCAAGAGGCCUUCAGUGUGAAGGGCGGGCCACUAGUGCCAUAUACCGUUGGGAAAGUGCCAAAGGAAGUAAUAACAGAGGUCACAAACAGGAUGGUGACCCAGCUGCUGCUCCAGUACCGGCCUCUCCUCUUCAAGAGUCAUGUUGCUGUCCUGAAGCUGCUGGUGUCUGUGACUCUGCUCCAACACAACCAUCUGUGCUCCGAGGCUGAGGGGGCAGCUUUCAUCAGAGGCCUUCAGGAUAUGGGACAUUGUUUCCCUGAUAUAAAACCCUGUCUCUCUCCUCCUUCUAUAUCACCAUCCACUAGUGUUCUGCCUAGCUGGAUACCCCCUCAUACCCACCCAGAGCUCCUCUGCUUGGAAAACAUGCCAGGUUUUGAAGGGUUGGUCGCCUCGCUCUCCCGUUACCCCACACAGUGGCAGGAGUACCUGCGGUUCCCAUCUUCUACUGUAGCAGGACCCGUUCCAUGCCGCUCUCACUCCCAUCUAUCCUUGCUUCAGCGGGCUCUCCUCUGGAAGACUAUGAUCCCAAACUGUCUGGGGGGACUUGGUGAGGCCAUGGCUGCCCACCACCCUUUCCUUCCUGCACAGAUACAAAGGACUGAGGCCCCUCAUGCAGGGAAUCCUACAACAAUCCUACAGUUUCUUGUUAAACACAGGGGACCCAUCAUCCUCCACUCAAGUGGAAAUGAGUGGACGAGCAUUCAGCCGCUUCCUUUGAUAAACAAACUGGCUCGCUGUGGAGCAGAAACAAAGGAGAUUCAGCUCAAAGUCAUUUCUUUUGGAGCUCUCUGUGACAAAGACGUCAUUCUUUCAAUGCUAGAUGAAACAGCUAAAGAUGGCCACUGGUUGGUUUUCAACAACUGUCACCUUUUGGAACGAUGGGAUGAUGAAGUCGUGGCUCGCCUCAGUCGGUUAGUCUCCUCUUUAAGAGAGGAGCAAAGCCUGAUUCACCCAGGCUUUCGUUUAUGGUUCAUAACUCAAGAAUGUGCAUCAUCAUGCUCAAUACCAGGUGCCGUGCGAAUGUGCGCCUUGCCUCUGGUUUCUGACUCUGCCUGGGAUCUGGAGGAAGAGCUGAGCAGCUCUUUUCAAGAAGCGGUGUCCAUCGUGCAGAGUGAAUUACUGUCUGGUGUCACAGCAGAAAACAAGGAGCUCCUCCUCCGCUGUGCUGUCUUCCACUCAGUGUUACUGCAGAGACAGAGCUAUAAAUACUUAGGCCAGGGGAGAAUCUACAGUUGGAGUCAGAAUGACCUCCUAGCUUUGAUGGAUGCACACUUAAGUAUUUCCACUCUCUGCCAUGACAAGACUCAAGCUUUGCACUACAUAGCAGUCAAUCUUGUGCAUGGGGGCCAUGUACUGGACUCUGCGGAUUUGGAGGCGUUGGAGAGCGUAGCACAGACAUGCUUCAGGAGCGUGUCACCUCUCUCAGGCAGUGGACCACAAUCCCUCUACGACAUUAUAAGCAACUCUGGCAACUUUGAUUUGUCAGGACUGCUGCAGACUUUGGAGAGAGAUUCAACAAACAUAAACGACCCCCUUAUGCUCGGCUUCAGUGUUGAAACGGCAGCUGAGAUGAAAAAGAUCAAUAGCCAUCAUUUGAAUAUUUUACUUCAAGCCUCCCAGACUCCUGUGAGAGCAGUAAGCAGUUUGUGCCUCCAGCAAAACCAGUCUGCCUCACUGCCAGCCUACAGCCAGGCCAGAGACAGACUGCAAGGUCUGAAAAGUUACCUUGCACACAAGAACGACAGCACAGAUUCAAAUGCAGGAGCUGUUUCUCCCAGUCCCCUCCGCGACUUCCUCCAGGCUGAGUGGGAUGAACUGAUCGAUGGGGUGUCCUUGCUCCUCUCACAGCUCCAACAGCCCGUUCGAUACGGAACGGCCACCUUCACUCUCCUCCUUGAGUUCACUGACUUGUUUCGCCUGGAGAGGAGGGCAGAGUUACUCAGCGCUUACCUCUUUCACCUCAACACUUCAGAUCCAGCUGGUGCCUAUCGACUAUCUGCUUUCAAAAAUGCCAGAGGCUUUCUGGGGGCAGUCAUUAGAGAGGCUGCUCGAGCAAAUCACAGAAAUAUUAACGACGUAGUCCUUUGUUUUCAGGUUCAGAGUGACAGUACAAACACAGCUUCACUUCCUGUGGAUGCUGUUUAUUUAUGUGGCCUGGAGCUAAGAGGAGCACUGUGGGAUACCCAGCAAGGAGCCAUACAGGACAGUAUCUCUUCACAGCCAUGCUCACUCCCCCUUGUUUGUGUUAAGGCUGAAGUCAGACGCCCAAAUACCUCCAAAAAUAUUUUCUCUUGUGAGGGUUCACCUACAAGGGGUGCUCAGGUUUCACAGAGUUCUGCCCCACAGAUACCUCUCUAUCACUGCCCACUCUAUCUGGAUACAGACCGGGGGAGUGGACACUGGGGGCUGGCAGAUGUGAACAUUAUCACUACAGUUCCUCUUCAUGCCGAGCUUAAUCCAGUGUUGUGUAGUUUGAGAAGGGUAAGACUUGUGAGCAUGCUCUGACGAGACAAGCUGAUUAAACCUGCAACUCUGGAUUGAUCAGAAGUGGGAUACUGAUAAAUAACCUUGUACAUGUAUUCUUCAUAAGGAGCCCUGCUUACAUGUAUAUAUGUACCCUUCUGUAAAUGUUGCAUAAAGCAUUUUUGUAUUUCA